GCAUCACCAUCAUCCCCGAGUGACACCGAGACAGACACAGCCAAGAUGCUCCGCUCCACCCUCCGCCUCCUCGCCACGCCCUCCACCAUCGGCUCUCAAUCAUCCGGCCUCAAACGCGUCCCUCCCGCCCUUCUUCCCCCCAUCCUCCUCUACCGACGAAUCCUCCGCGGCCAUCGCAAAUUCCUGCCGCAGGAGAUGCGCGUCCUCGGAGACGAAUAUGUCAAGGCCGAGUUCCGGGCACAUCAGAAGAUUGACAACCCAAUUCACAUUGUAGCGUUUUUGAGCGAGUGGCAGAGUUAUGCACAGCAGGUCGAGGGCGAGAAUUGGAGGGGGGAGAAGAUGGACCGGGGCAAGAUUGAUAAGAUGAGUGAUGAGCAACUUGCACAAAUGUACGAACUCAUGCAAGCGAUUCGGAAACAGGAACUAGAAGACAACGAUCCCGAGUAUACACCGCAUCAGCCGCCUGCUGCAGCUGAGCCUGAGAAAUAGACAUUAGCAAACACUGGACACUGGACACUGAACACUGCAUUUCUCAAGGACAUGGCAAACGCCCUUGCAAACAACACUGCAUCAUAUGCCCAGAAGAUGUGCGAUUACCACCAAGGAAUCUCCACCGAAUAGCCCACCUUGGACCUUCCACAAUAUCACUUCCUCGAAUUCAUCAGAGCCUUCUGGUACUUUGGAAGGCUGUGGCUGCACCGCGACGAAGCCAACAUCCGUCGCCUCCUCUCCUGCGCGUGCCGAAACGAAACGCUGAAGAACCAAAUUCGCAACAGCUCUGGAGGAUUCACUCUCCUCUACGACGGCCCGACACCUAUCACCUUCACCGCCGCAUGCGACGGGCCAGUGGCUUGGAAGAGGUAUCACGAGUGGUGGAAGUACAUUGAACGGGGGAAAAAGUACUGCGAAAGCGCUCCAACAACACCACCAGAUAUCUGCCGCCAGCACCCACUCUACCCGGCAAUCGCCCUGUCUGUCCUCGCAUCCUGCGUCUGUGCCCUGGUUCUCUUUGGGCCUUGGCUUCUGGAUCAGUGGGAGUCCUAUCAUCCCUCAGAGAACGAAUAAGUCCUCGAAGAGAGGGAGAGAGGAGCGUGUGCGUGAGAGAGAGAGUGUGUGUGAACGAGCGACCAUGUGUAGGACCAUCUAUUGGAAAGCGCCCGAUUGCGGCCACACAUGGCUCGAGUUAGCACGACCUUGUGGACCAGACAUGAACCUUCUCACCUGUCCAGACUUCGGCGUUCGACAGCCUUUUGGCCCAGCAGAGAAGCCUCGUCGCUGUCGAUGGGCACCACGCAGAGCAUGCCCUUCGUGUAACCACGAUUCGCAUGACAUGCGAAAGAGACGCAUGAUUGUCGUGAAGCGGUAUGGGUGGAGAUUUGGUCUCGGCCCGGCUAAGCAGGAUAUUGGAGUCGAUAUCAUUACGCAUCGCUCGGCCAGGACGCCAAAAGGAAUGGACGUGGUACCGUUUUGUUGUAUUCUCAUGUGAGCGGUGCGUAUGGUAUGCUUGACGUGUGCACAUGUUCUAUUCUGUUCUUUUGCUGGAGGUAUGCUACAUUAGGUUGGGACAGUUAUGCUCUGUAUCUCUUACAACUACGAUACCUAGGUAACUACUUCCUCGUUGCUCUCCGAACUCUGCAACUGCACCAGCUCAAAGUACCUCCCACGCAACGCCAUCAACGUCGCAUGGGUCCCGCUCUCCACAAUCCUUCCCCCUUUCCCAUCAGCAUUAUCAAAGACCAAAAUAGCAUCGGCAUUCCGAACUGUAGACAGACGAUGCGCCACCGCAAUCGUCGUCCGCCCUCUUGCCGCAGCGUCCAGAGCCUUCUGCACCACGCCCUCGGAUUCACUAUCGAGCGCAGAAGUCGCUUCAUCGAGCAGCAAGAUCUUGGCAUCUCGGAGCAAGGCUCGCGCAAUGGCAAUUCUCUGCUUUUGACCUCCCGAUAACAUACAGCCUUUACUACCGACUACCGUGUCGAACCCUGCAGGGAGAGAGGUGAUGAAGUCGUAGAUAUUGGCUUCUUUGCAGACUUGGAUGAGUUUUUCUUCGGGGACGAUGGUUGUCAUGUUUUGUGAUUUUGCUUUUCCUUUUUCGUCUUCUUCUUCAUCUUCUUCGUCUUGUCGGUUGAUUGCGAGUAGCAAGUUUUGACGAAUCGUGCCUUGGUAGAGAGUCGGCUCCUGCAGUACGAGCGCGAUAUGUUUUCGAUAUGAGCUGAGGUGAAGAGUGGUGAUGUCUUUGCCAUCGACGUAGAUGGUUCCAUUCGUAGGGUCAUAGAACCGCUCCAAGAGAGCAAUGGUCGUGGACUUGCCACAGCCAGAAGCGCCGACGAGGGCGACAUAUUGGCCCGGUUGUACCUUGAAGUUCAAGCCUGCCAGGACUGGCUGUCCUGUUGGAUACGCAAAAUGCACAUCUCGAAACUCGAUCGAGCCUUGGAGAUGGUCUAGGACAUCGCCAUCUGAGCUCCAUACGUCGAUAGCGGGAGUUUGUUCGAAGAAAGUCUUCAACUCGGCAGCUGCCACUUUUGCUUUUGCCAUGUUGGGGGCGAGGGAAAACAUGUUUGCCGCUGAGCGUGUGCCGAAGAUGACGAGGAAGAAGACCAGGUAGAAUUGCUCCAGGGAGUAGGUCCCAAUCAAGCUACUGCCGUACCAGAACGCGAGAGCCAUGCAUAGAAAACCCAGGCUCUGACUUGCGGCGUAGAGCACACUGGAUUUGACAUUGAAUCGAAAGCUUCGAGAUGCCUGCGCAACCAGAAGGUUGUGAUAUUUCUGCCACACUUCAUUCUCGAGCGUCAGGGCGGCAAUAGUUUUCGUGGAAGACGUGGCUUCGCAGGCAUAUGAGGCACUUUCUCGAUAGGCAUCCUUGAGAUGCGCCUCGAAACGAGACAUGCUGUAGAUGGAGAGGAAGCCGGCCAGCAGGAGGAUCGGUACUGUGGCAAUGCAAACUAGUGCCAGUUUCCAUCCGACUGCCAGAGCCACAAUGUACCCAAUGAUGAGAGUCGCUAGUAAUUGAAAUAUGGUCCCGAGGGCAAGGCCUGACAUUCCCGCAAGAUGUGUAGUCUCUGUACUCAAAAACGACGUCAACGACCCGACCGUGUUCUCUGGACGAUCGAAGAAUGUUAUAUCUUGACGUAAAAUGGAUCGGAAAGCUUGGUCUCGACUGCGGUGGAUGAGACGUUCACUGCCAUAAGCGAACGACAGACCGAGUACUGUCGAACAAGCCAGCAUCACGAAUGCGAUCAUGACGAACAUGCCACUCCACAAUGCAAUGUCGGAACGAAGUCGUAGGUACUGGGAGGGAGGCAGCGAGAGUGUCACAAUGGCUUUCGCCAGGAUCACACACUGUACAGGUUCUCCCGCUCCGGACACAAUGGACGCUAUGAUUCCGAGCAGCAUAACUUUCCACUCUUUUCGGUUCAUGGAGCAGGUGAACUGGAUGAGCGACCAGAGUGAAGCCUUCCGUCGAGGCUUCUCUAUGGUAGUAGCGGAGUCAUCAACAGGGACAGCGUCAGCAUCGCUGAGACUGUCGAGCGAUAUCUUGCGGACAGACUGGAGGUCCAAGGCCUUUUCUCCUCCUGCUGCUUCAUAUGGCCAGGGGUUGGCCUUCUCGUCCCAGUCCACACCUGUUGAUUUAGUAUUUUGUGCCAUGUUCUGAGCCUCCACGAGCUCGUAGAAGGCACCCUUCGCGGCCAAGAGGUCUUCGUAAGUACCUUGCUCCACAAUCUUACCGCCCGCUGCCAUGACGACGACGGUAUCGACG